AUGAUGGAGUCUUCCAAAUAUACAGGGUUUAAUCACGAUUCAACGGGUAUCCCCAUGCCAAUUCGUCAUGAAGAUGAACCCAGUCGUUGUGCGGAAAUUGAAAUUCAGGUAUCCGCUGAUGAAUACCAACCACCUGUUCCCAAAGUACAACCCCAAGUAGAAUUACAAAAGGUUCGAUCCGGCACUAAUGGAAAUGCUAAUGAUGCCAAAUUGUUCAAGAAAUAUUUUGUUGAAAAAGUAAAAUCGUCAUCGCCAAGUGGUAAUCGUGGUGAUAACAGCAGCCUCAGUCGAGCAGGGGGCACCAAAUCCAAUUUAUCAUUAGCAUUAAAACAAAGUGAUAUGGCAUCAUCUUCAGUCAAGGCAACACCGCCUCUCCUACAUAAGGGAUUAACGAACCAGGGAGAUAUGGAUAUGGAAGCCGAGAGUGAUAGUGGUAGCAGUGAUUCAUCUUGUGAUGAAAAAAAUGAAGAAUCUUUCAGAGAUUAUAGACCUGGUGGAUACCAUCCUGCCUUUAAAGGAGAAAGAUAUAAAGAUGGACGUUACGUUCUGGUUAGAAAAUUAGGAUGGGGCCAUUUCUCAACCGUUUGGCUCGCGAAAGACUUGCAUGAUGUCAAUGCUACGCAACACGUUGCAAUGAAAAUAGUGCGCAGUGAUAAAGUCUAUUCUGAAGCCGCACAAGAUGAGAUUAAGCUUUUGAAAAGAAUUCGAUCUCAAACCGAGAAGGGACAUGUUGGCUCAGAUUACAUUUUGAAACUGCUGGACAAUUUCUACCACGCGGGGCCUAAUGGUGAUCACAUUGUAAUGGUUUUCGAGGUAUUAGGUGAAAACUUAUUAGCACUGAUCAAAAAAUAUGAACACAGAGGUAUACCAUUGGUUUAUGUGAAGCAGAUCUCAAAGCAACUACUUUUAGGUCUAGAUUACAUGCAUCGUAAAUGUGGUGUCAUUCAUACAGAUAUCAAACCUGAAAAUGUGCUGAUGGAAAUUGGUGAUGUGGAAGGAAUUGUGGAAAUGGUAGAGUUGAUGGAUAAACAAAAGAAAAAUAUAAAAAGAUUUCAAAGAAAGUACUCUCAAGAUUUUUCGACUGCAGUGUCACCGAUGGGGGUUCCUAAUUCACCAUCCUCAUCCCAUUUGAAUAAGGUGAAAAGAGAUGUUUCUGGGAGUGCGAUUGCAUCUGAUUAUUCAACUAACCAUCCUAGAAUUCCAAGCGGUAGAAGAGCUCGUAGACAUACGGUUAUUACAAGUUCACAACCUUUACCCUCACCACUGGCGUCGGCCAAUUUCAAAGAAAUGAAAAACCAGUUCAUUAACGGUGGCAAUUCCUCCAGUAGUGUAUCUUCCCAAUGGGGGGCUCAUUCGUUGCAUUCAAAGGGUAGUUUCCCUACACAGACUACAGGAGGUGGCAAUGACUUUAAUGGAUAUAGCAUGGGGAGUGCAUCCACUACACUUCAUCCAAGUGUUUCCGAGAACGUUGAUAGUGGCAGUGGACCUAUGAAUGAAGGUCAACUUGCUAAUUCUCUAUCGUCUUUUGAAAUCUCUCAAAAUGAGGAAAACGGUCCACUAUCAUCCUACGUGCCAUCUAAUAGUGCAAUUUUCCCGAAUAAUUCCGAUAGCAACACAAUUCAGAUAAAGAUUGCAGAUUUGGGGAAUGCAUGUUGGUACGAUGAACAUUAUACUAGUUCGAUUCAAACUAGGGAGUAUCGAUCCCCAGAGGUCCUGUUAGGCGUUCCCUGGGGCUGUAGUGCAGAUAUCUGGUCUGCUGCUUGUCUCAUAUUCGAAUUGAUAACAGGCGAUUUACUUUUUGAACCCGAUGAAGGUCAUUCUUACACGAAAGAUGAUGAUCACAUUGCUCAAAUUAUGGAACUGUUGGGUGAACUACCACCUUACCUCUUAGCGCAAGGCAGGUACGCAAGAACUUUUUUCAACAGUAGAGGUAAACUGAGAAAUAUUUCCAAAUUAAAGCAUUGGCCAUUGAAAAGCGUCUUGCAUGAAAAAUACAAUUUUUCUGUGAGUGAAUCUCGGGACAUUGCUGACUUUUUAAUACCUAUGCUUGAAAUGGAUCCAAGGAAAAGGGCAGAUGCCGGUGGUUUGGUGAAUCAUCCAUGGUUGAGUGAUACUCACGCUAUGCAAGACGUUAGUGUGGCAGAUAGAAAAUUAUACUGUAGUGGCGCCGACAUUCCUGGCUGGUACCAAGAAGUUACGGGUCAUCCAAAGCAUUAG